UUUUUUAUUUUUUUAUUUUUUUGCCUCAUAUUAUACCUAGUAAUAAACCUUACACAUAGCAAAUUACAUUUAGUAAUUAACUUGAUUAAAUUAGAACUAUACAUUUGAUUCCAUAAAAUAUUUUAGACAAAUAAUGAGUGAACCUAUUCAACUUACAGGACGUAGAACGGAUACAGACAUUGUAUUAACAGAGCAAAUUGCUAAUAAAUUAAAAAUAGAAUUACCUCGGCGUUAUCGAUUAACACAUGAAAUGAAUUUAUUAUAUAGUAUAGACCAACAUGGGAUAAGUUUAUCCACAUUGUAUCGACUAAUGAAAAACAAUAAAGGUCCGUGUAUAUUGGUUAUAAAAGAUGCAGAUGGAAAUAUUUUUGGAGCGUUUUUAAGUGAGACGUUAAAACCUAGUACACGUUAUUAUGGCACAGGUGAAUGCUUUCUUUGGAAAUGGAAUUCAAGUGAAUCUCAAAUUAAAGCAUAUCAUUGGACUGGUAAGAAUGAAUACAUGAUACUUACAGAAAUGGGUUUUAUUGCAAUUGGAGGAGGUGAAGGUGUAUUUGGGUUAUGGAUAAAUUCCGAAUUAGAAAAGGGCUAUAGCCAAACAUGUCCUACUUUUGAUAAUGAAAGGUUAUCACCAAAACCAGAAUUUGAAUGUGUAGAGUUAGAAGUAUGGGGAUUUCGUAUAUGAUGAGCAACGACAUUAUUUUUUUUUUUUUUUUUUUUUGCAGUUGAUAUAUAAACUUCUUUCAUAAUACAUAAAUAACACACAUAGAAUCUCCCGGAGCUUAAAUUUAGCUGUCUUCUUUUUUUGGUAAAUUGGAUACGUAUGCAAUACUUAGACAAGUAGAUGGAUGACAGGCGGGAUUUAGCGGGAAUCAAAAUGAUUGGAUAAUUUUUAUUUCAUCGUAAUAUGACUCCGUAGCAUAAUCAUAUUCGUCAUCAUCAUCUUCAUUAACCAUCUU